AUGCUUGGCAUUCAUGUGCUGAAGGGGGUGGGGUCAUGUUCAUCACAUGACUUUUUUCGUGACACGACCACAUGACACACAAAACGCGGAGGGACAACAGGAAGUUAGUGUCAGAGAAAAUUAUCUUUACAAAACCAAUAUUUUCUCUGAGUUUGAGACCAUGGGGUCCGCAGUGGAGAGGACAGAUGAACUUGUCAGGGAGUACCUGAUUUUCAGAGGCUUCACCAGCUCCCUCAGGCACCUGGAUGUGGAGAUCAAGGCGGACAAGGAGAAGGGCUUCAGGGUGGAUAAGAUUAUUGAGCAGUUGCAGCAGUUCAUUCAGAGCUAUGACCUGCCCGGGCUCCGGGAUUACUGGGGUUAUCUUGACAGGCGUCUUUUCAGUCGUCUAGAGGAUAUCUACCGGCCUACUGUGAACAAGCUGAGAACCAGUCUCUACCGGUACUACCUGGUGUACACUGUGCAGACAGCCCGCAGUGAGAAGACCCAGGAGUUCUUCCAGAAGCAGGCACAAGAGCUGCAGGGCCAGACGGAGUGGCGGGAUUGGUUCGUUCUGCCCUUCAUCCCUUCCCCCGAGCUGAACUCCAUCUUUGCACCCUAUUUCUCGCGGCAGUGGGCGGACACCUUCCUUGUCUCACUGCAUAACUUCCUGAGCGUCCUCUUCCAGUGUAUGCCUCUCCCAGUGCUGUUGAGCUUUGAUGCAGAAGUGCAGCGCAGUGCUGCCAUAUUGGAAGAGAAUGAACUACUGCGCCAAACGGUGUUUGCAUUGCAGGCAGAGCAGCCCCGCCUGCCGAAGGAAGAGGUGAUGGUUCACCACAAACUGCCACCCUACGUACAGAACAUGGACCGUCUAGGAGACACCGAGCUGGAUUUGAUAUCAAGUCAGCGCAGUGCCAACUUGACUGCCCAGCCACAAAGUGGCUCCUUCCUGUCCUCAUUGCUCUCACAGGGCAAGCGUGUACCGGCUAAGACACCCCAGGGGGCUGGGUCCUCACCGACACAGGCCAGCGUCACAAUGGGGAGGAGAGAUGCUGCAGCCAAUCAUAGUAUGAAGUUGAAAGAUCCCCAAAAUUCCUCCAAGGACUCUAAGGCUCUAUUCAGUAGCCCAGGAGUGAGUGACUCAGGUUCUGCUCACCCACGACAGAGAAGACACCAGGACCAUGAGAAGCAAAGAAAGGAGCUGCUCGCCAAACCCCCUGCCCAGAGCAUGGAGAAGAGAGGUGAAAGCCUAGAGACAGAGACCCACCCAGAAGGAAGUGUUGACCAGAUAGACUCGCCCACUAAACAGACCCGAACUUGUGUGGAAGGAGGAGGUUUAUCUGGGGCUAUCGAGCAGCCCUUCAUUAAACUGAGUCAGGAGGAAUACUCGGAGCAUCACUCCUCUAUCAUGCACUGCAGGGUGGACUGCUCUGGUAGGAGAGUUGCUAGUCUGGAUGUGGAUGGCGUCAUUAAGGUCUGGUCAUUUAACCCUCUCAUGCAGACCAAGGCAACAAUUAUGUCCAAAUCCCCUCUUCUCUCUUUGGAGUGGGCAACUAAACCAGACAGGCUGUUGUUGCUGGGGAGUGGGGUAGGCACGGUGCGGCUGUAUGACACUGAGGCUAAGAAGAAUCUGUACGAGAUGAUGAUCGAUGACGUGCACCCAAGGAUCCUGUCCCUGGCGUGCAGCCCCAGUGGAACUUCUUUUGUUUGCUCUGCUGCUGCCCAUAAUCUGCGUUCUGGGACCCUGAGUGAGAGCGGGGCCCGGGGAUCGAGUGCUGUCCCUGGACAACUGCUACUGUGGGAUACCAAGACUGUCAAACAGCAGCUCCAGUUCUCUUUGGAACCUGGACCAAUCGCUAUAAACUGCACUGCUUUCAACCACAACGGGAACCUGCUGGUCACUGGAGCUGCGGACGGCAUCAUACGGCUUUUUGACAUGCAGCGGUAUGAGAGCGCUAUGAGCUGGAAGGCUCAUGACGGAGAGGUGUAUUCAGUGGAGUUCAGCUAUGACGAGAACACCGUCUUCAGCAUUGGCGAAGAUGGGAAGUUCAUCGAGUGGAAUAUCCACCGCAGCGGAGUAAAGCAGUCAGAGUAUUCACUGCCCUCGGACGCUACCGGCCCAUUCGUCCUGUCAGGGUACAGUGGAUACAAGCAGGUGCAGGUGCCGCGGGGCCGGCUGUUCGCCUUUGACUCCGAGGGGAACUAUGUGCUCACCUGCUCCUCCAAUGGAGGGCUCAUCUACAGGCUGAAUGAGGGUGAGAAGGGCCUAGAGAGUGUCCUGCCUCUGGGGGGACACAAAGCCCCGGUUGUCACAGUAGACUGGUGCACCGCUAUGGAUUGUGGGACAUGCCUUACAGCCUCCAUGGACGGCAAGAUAAAACUGAGCACUCUGCUGGCACAGAAACCCUAUUAGGGAGCAGGACCAGGCCAGAGUUCUCAAAGGAAAGCCAAAUGUGGAGCCUGCUGCUUCAAAUGAUUGGGGAGCCUUUUACUGUUGUUUUGACUCUACAAACUUGACAGGUGAUCAUGCCAUUACAUCCCAAACCUCUUGGCAGAUAUUUAGUCUUAAUAUGAGGUUAGAAAAAAGAAAGUAGUUGUGUACAAUCUUAAUGAUGUACUUAAUGUUUUGUCUUCCUCUUACCAGGAACAGUAUGACUGCAUCCUUUUUUAUAUUAUACAAAUAAAUUGUGUACUGUA